UUCCUCCAGGUGGUGAAGGUUGGAAUUAUUGAACCAUGUCCCUCCAUUGCAGUGGGAGAGCUGGAGGACACGGUGACAGUUACAGCCUGCCCUCCCUCGACAUCUCCUCCACACGGCUCGAGCUCAGCACUGGUAAAAGAAGCCUCGUUCACACCUCCAUCUUCGCCAUCUAUGAGUGGGAGUCUGUCCACAACAAGUCCGAGCGGGGGUGAGGCGAUGGGCCUACAGGUGGAUUACUGGCUCUCUCACUCAGCUGAGAAGAGGAAGGAAGGGGAGAAGCGUGAUGUUAAUGUGAAGAACACGUUGAAGAGCGCAUUCCGCUCUGUACAGGUCAGCCGACUCCCCAAUGGCGGUGAACUCGCACCCUCCAUCACCAUGUCCAUGACUGUGGUCACCAAAGAAAAGAACAAGAAAGUGCCGACAUUAUUCUUAAGCAAGAGGCCAAAGGAAAAGGAGUUGGAUUCAAAGAGUCAGGUCAUUGAAGGGAUCAGUCGAUUAAUCUGCUCAGCAAAACAACAGCAUCAGAGCAUGUUAAAAGUUUCCAUCGAUGGACUGGAUUGGAACGAUGUGAAGUUUUUUCAGCUGGCAGCUCAGUGGCCUACACACGUCAAGCAUUUCCCGAUUGGACUCUUCUCGUACAGUAAGCCCUUGUGUUAGCCCAGCACAGGGUCAGAGGCCACACAGACAGUCAGGGCAAACUCCAGUCUCCAAUCUCUCAGACCCACGCUGACUGGAAUAUAUCACGGGGAUGGUCGAGAUUCGAAACUGCCGAUUCUUAGAGGAACAUUGUAACUGGCGAGCUAUGUAGAGAACAGCUUUUAUACUCGUCUGUGACCCCAUGUCUGUAAUUACCCCCCCCCCCCAUUAAUGUCCGUGAUCCCCAAAUAUCUGUGACCCCCUCUGUUUGAUCCCCAAAUGUGACCUCCUCUGUUUGAUCCCCAAAUAUCUGUGACCUCCUCUGUUUGAUCCCCAAAUAUGUGACCCCCUCUAUUUGAUUCCCAAAUAUCUGUGACCCUCUCUCUGUGUAUGUGAUCCCCAAAUAUCAGUAACCCCCUCUGUUGCAUCCCCAAAAGUCUGUGAUGCCCUCUCUGUGGCCCCACUGCCUGUGAUUUCCCAAGGUCUAUGAUACCCUUUUUUAUGAUUACCCCCCUCCCCCUGUGACCUCCCCCUCCUCCAUUUCUGUCAUUCUUUCUGUCUGCGUCCAUGUGAUGAUAUGAAGGUACAUGCAGGAAUCUUUCUAUAUGACGGAUGUCAGGAAUGGUUUUUAGAUUCUGAGUCACCCAGUGCAGGUGCAGGUAUCAGACGAUGGCCAAUGGUCAUGAUAGUCUCUCCAUCCAACACUCUAUAAAACAACUCAAAUUUAACAGUAAGAAAGCUUUACUCUAUAUCUAACCCCAUGCUGAACCUGUCCUGGGAGUGUUUGAUGGGGACAGUGCAGAGGGAGCUUUACUCUGUCUCUCAACACAUGCUGUACCUGCCCUGGGAGUAUUUGAUGGGG